UGAAGCCGAAGUUUGUCGAAUGCCGCUUUGACCUUCAACUUUCGGUUUGAGAGCGAGGUAAUGGAAACAUGAACACUCCGGUUAUGGCGAGAGUUUUGCGGAGUACCGCGGGCUUUGCUCUCAGAAAUAAGACACGCGUAGCAUCCUUCGUAUCACAAAGAUGCCUUUCAACAUCACCUGUAUUACAAGAUGAUGGUGAAAAAAAAUCUUUUGCAACAAGGCAGGUUCAGUUUAUCAAGUCAAUUUUUGAUAAAUCAGACUUUGGACCAUAUGAAAUUCAAAAGGAAUCUCACUCGAGCCAGCUGUCAGAUAAAGAGAAUGUGUAUGAAAUCCAGUUUCAUGCUGUGAAGCCUGAAGAUAUGGAAGAAUAUUUAAAACAAUUCUCUAAAUUUCAAGAACUGAUGCAUGAAAAGAAAACAGGUGCUCAUUUGAUUGGCAGUUUCACAGUGGAAAUUGGAGAUCAAGAUGAAGCAAUUCAUAUUUGGGAAUACAAAGGAGGGUAUCCGGUUUUAAAUAAUGCGACGGAAAUCUACAGGACUGACCAGGAUUUUAUAAACUUUCGAACAAGCAGGAACAAAAUGCUUCGAUACAGAAAGAAUCAGAUUCUUCUUCCUUUUAAUUUCUGGCCAGCACCAGUACCAAGAGAAGGAAAAAAUAUCUAUGAAAUGAGAAGCUACACACUAAAGCCAGGAUCAAUGAUUGAGUGGUCAAAUUGCUGGGCAAAAGGUUUACGAUACCGCCAGGAUAAUGAUGAGGUGGCAGUCUGUGGACUGUUCACUGAUCUAGGUGACUUAUUCACAGUGCACCACAUGUGGGGUUAUAAGGAUCUACAGACCAGGAAGGAGACAAGAGAAAUGGCGUGGAGUAAGCCAGGAUGGGAUGAAUGCGUGGCUUAUACAGUACCUCUUAUACGCCAGAUGAAGUCAAGGAUUUUGAUACCCACUCCAUUCUCACCAGUACAAUAGAGCACAUCCUUAUGGUUACCACGGCAGUCAUAAAGAAACAGCUGGUACAUGAAUUAUAGUGAUACAUACUUUAAACUGGAUAUAACAGGAGAAAAUCUUUAAGUAAAACUGGCAGUUAGAUGAGACUUAAAUAUUCUAUGCUCUAGUCAACUGCCUCAGUGCUUUUUGAAGGAAUCUAUGAAAUUGAUAUUUUGUUAUUCUUGUUUAUAUCUUUUAAUAGGCAUGGGUUGUGUUGUUCAGGUCUUUAUACAUGUAUACAUGUAGUGCAUGUACUGUAUCUGUUUGGGUGCAUAAUACUGUAAACCUGCAUAGAUUUCACUUAAAAAGAUUGAAUUUUUAGCUGGUCAUUUUCUUCUGUAAACAAUACUGAUUGAAUAUUCUGUAAUGAUGGACUGCAUUUCAAAUAUCAUAGAUAUGAAACCUAUCGUUUAAGAAUCCUUCAGCAGCAAUAGAAAGUGUUUGACCUUGAGUUUGUGCCGAUGGCAACUUAUUCCUUUCCAUAUGUACAAACACCUUUUUCAGCUGGAGUGCGCUGUACUACUCAACAGAAAUAUUGUACAUGUAUUUGAUAAAUAGACUAUUUGUGCUGUUGCAGCAGUGUUAUUUUUGUGAUUUGAUAGACUAAAAAUAAAUUAUGACGUCAUA